UGUUCAUCAAUCCCUUUCGAUUCGCACAGAGAAAGCCGAUUCAACAGGAAAUCUGCAGCAAAUCGUGGACCACGUCUCCUGCCCACGAUCCCGUUCGUGAUUUGAAUAACAGUCCUGCAAAGACAGGACUGGUUUUGAGGCUCUCUGGCUCUAUAAAAGGCAGAGCAGAGCAGAGCAAUAGGGGGAGAAAAAACUCAAGUAAAACCCAGAGGAAAAACCCAGAAAACAGAGAGGGACGAACAGGCCAAGAACCGGGGUGAAAGACGAAAACAGGGAGGGGCAGAACUGAAGCUAAACCCAGACGAAAAACCAGAAACCGGAGAAAAGAACAGAGGAAAAACAGAGCAUAAAUCCAGAGAAAGAAAUAAAAAACAGAGAGACGGAGAGAACAAGAGAGCAGCAAUACACAGAGACGAGUAUUGGCCCUGCCAUUGCCUUCGUCCCUGCAAACAACGAAAACCCAGAAUCAAAGCAAAUUCCCAGCAGGCCGGCCUCUUCAUCAUCUUCUCGGCUUCAAAAGCUGCUGAGAAAACACAAGGAACACGCAGACAAGUGAAGACAGAAGGAAGAUAAAGGGAGGCAAUAGGCGAGAAUCCAUCAGCGCUGCAAGCAUCUUCGCCUCUCGAAGCAGAUCGCUACUUGUCACCAACUCAACGUUCAAGAAUGAGAAACUCCAUGCAGGAAGACACCACUACAAAUUUUGUUGACAAUGGUGAAACUAGCAUCAGCUAGAGAGAGUAGAAUGUACGGGCCAAGGCUAGCUAGAAAUAGAGGAGAAUAUAUGAACGCAGGGCUCUGUGUGUUUGCAGCUAUUGUGCUUGUUGGUGGGUUUGUGGCUGAAUUGUCAAAGGAACCCAAGUCAGGUCUUGUGCUUUUGCUUAUAGGUCUCCUACUUAUCAUGGUGGUUAAUCUUCAUGAUCUUGUUGCACAUCUAGCCGGGAUUGAUUAUCGGUUUCCUUUAAUGGGGUUUGAUACACAGCUUGCACUUGUUGAGUUUGCGGUUCCUGUGGUUCUGGCCUCGGGGGCUUUGCUUUCUUUCUUGGGUAUUCUUUUUCUUUUUAUUCAGGAAUACAAGGGAUAUGGGCACUUCAAAUUGGAAAGGCAUGCUCUAAACUUGCUUAUUGCUGGACCGGCUUUGUGGGUGCUCGGAUCCAUACACAACUCAUGCCAGAUAUAUGAGAGAGCUGAUGGGCAUGUACAAAUCUUGCAACAGAGCGUCCACAUCCCAUUUUUAAUGGGAAGUUUGCUAUUCUUGGUUGGUUCCAUUCUCAAUAUUCAUGAGCAAGCAGGACGGGGCCAUCAUGGACUGAAACUAUUGGGCAAGACUUGGGUCUGGACAGGCAUCUGUGGAAGUCUAAUUAUUUUUAUAGGGGGAUUAGCAAACGUAGUCAAGGUGUUCAAGAUGCAGCAAAUUGAUGGACUACGGUUAGAGAAAUUGAGAGGAGGGGCUCAAGAGCGUUUGAUACGAGAGAGGGAGGGUCACUCACCACUCAUCCUAGAAGAGGAGAGGAGAAGGAAAAUGAUAGCAGCGGAAACGAGAGCAACACCUCUUCCUGCAACAACUCCUUACAAGGAUGUGCUUGUUGGCCAGCCAUGAUUUUAUAGAACCAUCUAAUAGCAACACCAAUUAUCGUUUUGGUUUCUUUAAUACUUUGUAUUCUGAUAUCUUUUCUUU